AUGAGCUCGUUUGGACAUAACGGCGUUUUCAAAAACCCAACUUUCGAGCACAGCCAGGAUCCUGCUCACAUAGCGGCUGGUAAGGUGUUGGAGGAGAACGGAGUAAGAACAAGUGAACAGGUUACCGAUGGUGGCUUGAAAAUGGGUACAAAAAUCCCACUGUGGUUGAAAUUGAUAGUAUUUUUGAUAUUCUUUAUUGCUGUUAUCGCAAUGGUCUUUACAAUGAUGAUGUACUCGGGCAAAAUAACUCCUCAAACCAGUAAUCCUGAUUCUAAUAAUCAAGCAUCAAUAAGCCCACAAUCUGGAUUCGACGUUUCAAACAAACAAUUGAAGCAACUAAUUGACGAACUCCAACAACAAGUAAAAGAUCUCGAGGCAAAGCUAAUGAAAAAGAUUAAUGACACCAAAACUAUACUGGAGAAGAACAUUAAUGACACUAAGGACAUGAGCAAGGCCGACGACGAAUCCCUUAAAACUACGUUGGAGAAAAGCAUUAAUGAAGCUAAAACUAUGCUAGAGAGCAGCAUUAAUGACACAAAGAACAUGAGCAAGAAUGACGACGAAACCCUUAAAACUACGUUAGAGAAAAGCAUUAAUGAAGCUAAAACUAUGCUAGAGAGCAGCAUUAAUGACACAAAGAACAUGAGCAAGAAUGACGACGAAACCCUUAAAACUACGUUAGAGAAAAGCAUUAAUGAAGCUAAAACUAUACUACAGAGCAGCAUUGAUGAUACUAGGGAUACGAGCAAAACCGAUGACAGUGCACUUGAAGCAAGACUACAGAAAAACAUUGAUAACAGCAUCGAAAAAUGCAUGAGUGUGAACACGACUUUGACUGCCAAGAUUGACACGGUCUCUAAGAUGGAAGGACCACGUGGUUUCAAUGGCAGUCAAGGAGUAAAAGGAGACAAGGGAGAUACWGGAGCUGGAAAUCUAACACAGUGUGUUGUCAAAAUUUUAUCGUCGAAUGGGACAAGCCCACUGGGCAAUAACGCAUCUGAAUCAGUGUCAGUAACAGAAGAAACGGGAAAAAAGAUUCUUCAUUUUUCAUGCUCAUCAAACAACGCAGACAUUGUGCAAAGYCUAGAARAWAMCAAUAAUAACAAGAAAGAAUAUACCUGUCAGUGCUUAGGACAAGGAARCUAUAAUUUUAUGACCAUGGGUGCUCCACCUACUCCAACAAACAUGUUAUGUUACAUAACUUACACAGAAUGUCCGCUUAUAUCUUAACAGUAGAGCUCUUUAUCACUGAAAAUUGUACAAAAUAAUACUAAAUGAUGCAAUACUGAUAAGUAGUAAUUAGUAAUARUUUCACGGAUUAAAGUGCGCCCACUCUACAAAUACGUGCUAGAGUGCGACCAGUGAAAUAGAUAUUGCACUAUUAGGCACCUUAGUACGCUCUAAUUUCAUUGUAUUCUUUUGUGUAAAUUUGACUUACAUCAUUGAUAGACAAAUUCUGUUUCACGCGUUGAAUGACUUCACUCUAAACUAAGCUUAUUCAUCUAAUUUAUAUUCUCUUGAUGAGUGAAUUCAUUUGUUUUCUUGAAUAACACUAGGUAUACCAAGUAUGAACACAAACUCACUCAAUUUUACACAUGAAUUUGACGGUUUUGUUUGAGAUGUUUUUUCUUACAAUAUGUGUACUGUGCGCUGUACGCUUUCUUCA